AUAAACAUAUAAAAACAAUCUUUAAAAAAUUAUUAACAUAAAAACAAGUUAUCACUCGGAUAUGAUGUAAAAUAGAAAAAAUAAUAAAAGCAAGUAUAAAGAGUAAAAUUUGAAAAGGGUGUAAAGGUAGGGGUAAAAGAUAAAAGAUGAAAGAUAAAAAUUAGAAAGAACAAGAGAGGGUAAUCCUCCCUCUCCCCUCUCAAUUCUCCUCCCCACCGAUCACGAACACAUCUACAUUGACAAUUAAUCGAUGUAUUCACACAGAGAUAGCUCUCAAUAAAUAUAAAGACAGGAGUGGUAGCCUGGCAGACUAUUAGUCUUUCUCUCGAUCUCGUGACCGGUUCGCAGCACUUUCCAUGUGUCUCUCUUCGAAAAGGGAUCGUAAAUUCCUGUGAGAUUUAAUCGGUAGAUCGUUGUUGGUGCCGAGACAGACAGAGACGUUCUCGUUGGAUAAAACCCACGUGCUUUCUUUUUGUUUUGUUGUCAACCUGCUACAGCUAACACACACAUUUUUUAUUUUCCUACCGUUCUGUUCGUUUGCUACUAUUUUUGUUCUUUUUUUUUAAACCUGAGAGAAAAUUGGAUCAUAUCGAAUAUGCCUUCGAUAUCAAGAAAAAAUCUUAACCAGUUUAUCCUGCUACUUGGUAUCCUCGUUCCUGUUAUCUUAUCCUUCAACAUGGUUCGAGCUAAUUGCACAGGAAAAAAGAUGCUACGUUCCGGUAGAAUAUCGUGCGAAGAAAAACAAAUUAUUCUGGACGAACAUAAUCGUUUGAGGCAACUGGUGGCACUGGGACAAAUUCACGGCCAACCUGGGGCGGCUAAUAUGAUGGAAAUGUUAUGGGACGACGAGUUGGCAGACGUGGCACAAAAAUGGGCAGAUAGUUGCGCAGAAGUACACGAUAAUUAUAGAAACGUUCGCAGAUUCGCGGUGGGUCAGAACAUUGCACGAACUUGGACUACGAGACCCCCGGGACCUUACGAUAGCGAACCCAAUUGGAGACGACAAAUUUCAGGAUGGUUCAACGAGGUCCAACACUACCACACUGGAUACAGCAAGACUACUGGACACUACACGCAGUUGGUUUGGAGCGAUAGUUUUCUCAUAGGCUGUGGAUAUUCAUUCUAUUACGAUCCAGCUAAAGGAUACACUAAAAAUUAUGUUUGCAAUUAUGGACCGAGCGGGAACAUCAUUGGUUAUCAACCUUAUCAAUCGGGACAACCUGCUUGUAAUAAUUACGGAAUGAUUUAUUCCAAUCGAUACUCUGGUCUUUGCUCACGAGGAAAUUAUUAUCACCUAGGUGCAUUAUGUGCUUACGGCUAAUCACAAAUGAUAACAUAUUCACCGAAAACACGACACUCGAUUGUUAAUCGAAUGGAAAAGUGAUUAUAUACGAGUCGCUAUUAUUGAAUAUGCAUUUGAUACUUGAGAAACGCACGCCUAAAUGCUAUUCAAACAAACUUAGUAAUAACGACACUAUGAAUAAUUAAAAUUCAUUAGUACGUUGAAAAAUAAAAUAAAAUAAAAUAAAGUUAAGUUUACUUUAGAAAUUACCAAUGGAAAAAUGAAGUCGAACGUAUCUGGAAUUUUAGGUAGGAAAAUUCGUAAAAAAAAAAUCCAGGUUGAAAUUUUAAAUUUAAUUUCUUUUUUUUAUCUAUUCUCUAGUUCAAUUUAUCUAGUCUUCCAUCUAAUUUAGUGUAUGAAUAUUUUAUGAAUACUGUACAAAAAUAUAUUAUUAAAAAAGAUAUUGAAAAAAAAUCAUUAACCAUACGAACGUAUACGUACAUGUAUUUAUAGUGCGUGCGCGCACAUAUACACACACGCACGCAUAAAUAUUAUCGUCUUAUAAAUUAUGAGUAAAAUUGAGUUACCUUAAUAUUGGAAACGACUCUGUUGCAUAAAACGAAAUCCCACGAGGAUUCUAAAGUAACGUAGAAGAGUGACAACUCCGAUAACGCUUAACGAUGAUCGAUGAACAAAAUUAGUUGAUUUAUUAAUGGCUUUUCUUCCUAAACAAACAGCGACAAUUUCGUUUAAAUAAAAAUAGAGAAAAAAUAAAAAAUAUAUUCA